AACACUAUAAAGUUAUUUUGGAUAGACUGAAUGAACAACGUGAGCAGGACCAGUUUACGGAUAUCACUCUAAUUGUCGAUGGUCACCAUUUCAAAGCUCAUAAGGCUGUUCUUGCUGCCUGUAGCCAGUUCUUCUACAAAUUCUUCCAAGAUUUCACCCAGGAGCCCUUGGUGGAGAUUGAAGGUGUAAGUAACAUGGCUUUUCGUCACCUAAUUGAGUUCACCUAUACAGCAAAACUAAUGGUCCAAGGUGAGGAAGAAGCAAAUGAUGUUUGGAAAGCAGCUGAAUAUCUACAGAUGUUAGAAGCAAUCAAAGCACUUGAAAUCAGGAACAAAGAAAAUUCAUCACCCUUAGAAUCAAAUCAAAUGCAAGGUAAAAAUAAACCAAAAAAGAGGAAGAUAGCUGAGACCUCUAAUGUUAUCACAGAAACACUGCCAUCUGCAGAUUCGGAGCCUGUUGAAAUUGAGGUUGAGAUUGCUGAGGGGACAAUUGAAGUGGAAGAUGACAGCACUGAAACACUUGAAGUAUCUUCUGCAGAGCAAUCUAUAAAGUACCUACAGGCAACAGGUACAUCAGAUGAAUCUGCCUUGGCUCUUUUGGCAGAUAUCACCAGUAAGUAUCGUCAGGGAGAGGCAAAAUGCCAGAUUCAAGAAGGUGACGGUGCAACUGAUCCCUCAUGCAAACAGGAACACAUGAAAACACACUCUACUGAGAGUUACAAAUGUGACAUAUGCAAUAAAAGGUACCUACGAGAGAGUGCUUUGAAACAGCACCUUACCAGUUACCAUCUAGAUGAAGGUGGUGCCAGCAAGAAGCAAAGACCUGGCAAAAAGAUACAUAUAUGCCAGUAUUGUAAUAAGCAGUUUGACCACUUUGGACAUUUUAAAGAGCACCUCCGGAAGCACACAGGUGAAAAACCAUUUGAAUGUCCAAACUGCCAUGAACGUUUUGCUAGGAAUAGCACGCUCAAAUGUCACCUAACAGCCUGUCAGUCUGGAGCUGGAGCUAAAAAGGGAAGAAAGAAGCUGUACGAAUGUCAGGUUUGUAACAGUGUGUUUAACAGCUGGGAUCAAUUUAAAGAUCACUUAGUAAUACACACCGGUGACAAACCCAACCACUGUACCUUAUGUGAUUUGUGGUUUAUGCAAGGUAGUGAGCUGAGAAGGCAUCUCAAAGAAAUGCACAAUAUUUCAGAACAAAUAGUGACAGAACAGGUUCUUCCAGUGGAAGCUGAACCAGUAACAUCAAUGACUAUAAUAGAACAAGUGGAGCAAGUCCAUGUCCUACCAGUAAUUCAGGUACAAGUGGAUCCUGCACAGGUAACUGUGGAACAGAUGCAUCAGGAUCUCAUGGAGAACAGUCAAGUGAAAGACACACAGAUGGAGGAACUGCAAGAACAGGUGCAAAUUAGUUACUUGGAAGUUGAACACAUUCAGACUGAACAAGGUGCUGAAGUUCACGUGGAGCAAUUACACGUUCAGCAUGUAAAUCAAAUACAGAUGGAAGAUGUACAGACAGAACUUGUAGGUGGAACAGACCUGGAACAAGUAGAAUAUGAAAGUAUUGAUCAAGGAGAAGCAGAAGAAAAUAAAAUUGAUCAAGUAGAUAAUAUAGAUAAGGAAGAUCAUGAAUAAGCUGAAGACUUAAACUCAACAGUUAGUGGACACACAGAAUGAAAAGGUGGAUGACUAGGACAAAUAACCACACUGCAGGUUUAGGAAUAAAAUACCUGAUUAUUUUUGUUUGCUUUUAAAUUGGUUUUUGAACUGUCAGUGAUCAUCUUUCCAGUAUGUUGUCCUUAGGAAGCUGGACAAAUGGACCAAAGUUAUCUUUCUUCAUGUACAACCAAACUUCUCUCAUGUGUGAAAAAUAACUUUCCCAUUUAUGUAAUACCAUGGAACAGAAACUACCAUGGAGUUGGACAGCUUUGUGAAGAUUUUAAUGAUGAGUAGCUUGUAUCACUGUUACACCAUUCCUGGGUACAUGUAAGAGUAACUUCACCUCUUUUCCUCUUGCCAUAGAAGCAAACUCUUGUUAUAUAUUUACAGGGUAUCUGUGGCAGAAGAAUCAGUAAAAUUAGGUGGAUUCUAAUAUAAGUGGACAAUCAGAUGCCUGCCAAUUUUCUGAGCAGACAGUUUGCUGUUUCCUAUCAGUGGUACCUAACUUUCAGGCUGGGGAAAAAACUGUUGCUGGAGGUCUUGGAGAACAAAAAACCUGUGCCUUUUCAACAGUCUGGUUAA